GAUGGGAAUCGAAUAUGAGAAACUCCGAAUCCGUUGACUAACAUGACACCCGUACCCAUCCAAACAGUGACUCAGUAAACACUCCAAUACUCACCAUUCUUCUUCGUCACAUGGUGUCUGAAGUCCCCCAAACCAACGGCCCUGGCCCGGCGAGCCAACCACCCAAUGUGCUCGUCUUUGGCGUCGGCAGUAUUGGGGCUGUAUAUUUAUAUCAACUUCAAAAAGCCGGAUGCAAAGUCACCGCCGUGUGUCGCUCCAACUACACCGCUGUCAAGGAAUCAGGAUUCACGCUACAUAGUGUCAGAUUCGGCACUCAAAAGUACAAGCCUGACCAUGUAAUUCGCAGCGUGGCCGAAUGUCCCAAGGACGUCGAUUACGACUUUGUGGUGGUGUGUUCCAAAUCAUUUCCUGGUUCUCGCCCAUCACUCGCAGAUAUGAUUCGACCGGCGAUCAGAGAAACACAUCCCCACACGGCGAUUCUUCUCGCGCAGAAUGGGAUUGAGAUUGAGCAGGAAGUCGCCGAUGCAUUUCCCCAGAAUCCGAUCUUGAGUGGCGUGGUCUACCUUCCUGCGGUACAGACGGAUCAGGGAAGCAUCGAGUAUCCGGAAAUGAUGAACUUGUUGGAAAUCGGCACGUAUCCUAGUAAUGCUCCAGCAUGGCAUAAGGAGGCGGCACAGCGUAUGGCGGACUUGAUGACCCAAGGCGGUGGCGGUGCCGAAGUUCUCGAUGACAUCCAGGUUGCACGCUGGUCUAAAUUGAUCAUGAACGCGGCAUGGAAUCCAAUCGGAGCUCUGACACUAACUACUGACGGCGACUUCCUCAAUACUUCGGAUCCAUAUGCUUAUGAAUUGUCUUGGGCUGUCAUGAUGGAGAUUGUCGACCUAGCCACCAAGUUGGGUAUCCCUGGUGUUACUAGACAGGUUGCAGAAACGAGAUUCGCUGUCACCAAGGAGCGUGCAGAGACUGGGAAUGGUCGUCAGACGAGUAUGCUUCAGGAUGUCCUUCAGGCUCGUCCUUUUGAAGUCGAGGCGGUUUUGGGAAACCCUGUUCGUCUCGGUCGUAAGCAUAAUGUUCCGAUGCCGAGAUUGGACUCGCUCUAUGCGUUGGCAAAGGCUAGGGCUUGGUCUCUGGAGAGGUAUGGGAAAUGAUUGAUAGAAUGGCUAUGGCGUUGGAUUUGCCUUGGAUGAAGUUUAUAGACUUGUCUUGUCUGGGUUGUGUAUGUCAAUACGAUGUACUAUAUGAUAGGACCCACCCCUCGUAUCUCUACAAACCUAUGUAAUCCAGCUAUGGGAUUGCUCGAGUUGAUAGUCUGAGGGAUAAACUCCUGUGCUCC